CGGGGCUGGGGCCCCGACCCGGAGUUUUUGGGGCCCGGCCCGCUGGGCUGCCCAUGGCUCUGCCCCUGCCUUAGGCGGAGCCCGUGUUUGUUUGCCCCGGGGCCGCGGUUUCCCCCCCUCGCCCUCAGCCAUGACAACCAUCGGAGACCUCCCCGAGGACGUGCUGGUGCAGCUGCUGUCGCUGCUGCCCGCCCAGGACCUGCUCCGCAACUGCCGCCUGGUGUGCUCGCAGUGGCGGUACGUGGUGGACCUCAACACCCUCUGGAAGAGGAAGUGCCAGCGCGACGGAUUCUAUGAGCAGAGCCUGGACAGGAACGUCUCCGACUGGAGGGUCUUCUACAUGCUCUGCCGCUUGAAGAGAAACUUAAUCAAAAACCCCUGCGCUGAAGAGAAAUUCCAGCACUGGACAAUUGACCGCAACGACGGAGAUGAAUGGAGAAUUGAGCAACUGCCUGGAGCUAAUGGAACUAUGAUGCCAGACCCCACAGUACAAAAAUACUUUGCCACUUCAUUUGGGCUAUGCCUCAAGUCCCAGCUCAUUACUCUGCAGAACGAAGGAUACGGCAAUCAGCUGAUGGAUGAGAUACGGCCUGAAAUCAUAGUCAAGGACUGGUACGCUGCCAGGUCCGACUGCGGGUGCCGCUACGAGCUGACGGUGCGGCUGCUCUCGGCUGAUCACAUCGUCCUGGAGGAGUUCCACCCCGAGCCCGUGAUCAUCGAGCAGUGGAACGAUGCCAAGUGGAGAGAGAUUUCCCACACGUUCCAGAAUUACCCAGCAGGAGUUCGUCACAUCUACUUUCAGCACGGAGGGCAGGACACCCAGUUCUGGGCAGGAUGGUAUGGGGUCCGUGUGACAAACACCAGCAUCACCAUUGGGCCCCACACGCUCUUGUGAAGGCACAGUAAAAGGCUUUGCUUUACCUCAGGACUGUAA